AUGGAAAUAAUUGACUUACAGGAAGAUGUUUCCUUGAAGCAGUACAGAAGUGCGUCAACUGAAGAAUUCUGGGCUAAAGAUGCCAUUGACAAGUAUUCAAACUUUUGUUUUGAUGGGGCUUCUACCAUGUCCGGUUGUAUUUCAGGGGUACAAGCUAARUGUAAAGAAGUAAAUUCAAAUAUAAUGUACGUACACUGUUAUGCACACUGUCUUAAUUUAAUUCUUGUUGAUGCUUGUACAUCUAGAAAAGAAAAUAGAAUUGUAUUUGAUUUUUUUGGAGUAGUACAGUUAACUUAUUCAUUUAUUGAAGGAAGUGCUAUACGCCAUGCAGUUUUGGAACGAAUAUCAGCUGAUAUCAAUGCAUCGUUAAAGUCAAUGAAAUCUUUAUCUACAACGAGAUGGGCCUGUCGCUCUGAGGCAGUGUCAGCUUUAAAACAUAAUUAUUCGGCUAUUUUAUUAGCACUUGAAGAAAUAGUAGAUAGAACAAAACAACCUGAUGUUAGAGCUAAAGGACGUGGUUUAUUGUUUCAACUCAAAACUUUUCAAUUUAUUUUAGGACUUGAAAUKWUGGAUCCAAUUCUACAAAUUAUAAAUAAAGUAAGCAAAUCAUUACAGUGUGAGAAUGUUGAUUUAUCGUCAGCAAUGUAUAAUAUUAACGCUCUUCGAUYAGUGCUUAUUGAAAAAAGAAAUGAAAAUACAUUUAAAACUAUGUUUGAUAUUUGUACUUCUAUAUGUGAAAAAAUUGAUAUUCCAUUACCAUUACCAACAAAACGAAAAGUUUCAACUCGUAUCGACAAUAUUAAUUCACAGUUCCAGGCACAAUCAUUAGAGGAAGAAUUAAGAGUCCAAUCAUUUUAUCCUAUGCUUGAUAUUAUGAUUAGUGGAAUUGAUGAAAGAUUCAAUCAAGACACUAUCAAUCUAAUAAAUGCAAUUGAUGGAUUAAUGAAAUUAAAAAUAUGUAUCACAGAUAUAAAUUUAUUAAGCAAUCAUUUUGAAUGCAAUAAAGAUGAAUUGGUAGCUGAAAUAAAUUUGUUACAAAAACAUGAAACAAUAACUAAACAAAUUGAAGGCAACUUGGGCGCUAAAAUGCUUCAUAUUUGGCUUCAAUGCUGUACAUGUGAACGAUCAUUUUCAAAAUUAACAUUAGUAAAAUCCAAGUUAAGAAGUACUAUGCUUCAAGAAAGACUAAAUGCAUUGAUGCUUAUAACGGUAGAACAAGAAAUGGCUAUUAACUUAAAUCCCGACGAUAUAAUUGAUCAUUUCAAAAAUUCUACACAACGCAGAAUGAUGUUAUAA